GGUGGCAAUAAAACAUCUUGCCACCUUUGUUCACUUCUGUUAAUAAAAAGAAGAAGAAACAACCUCAACCUGCCAACGUAUUAAAAUGGUUUUGCUAGAUAAUUCAUUGUUCAUAAUUCGUUUGGAGAAGCUGGCCUCUUCGGCGAAGUCAACAUCUUCAUUUACCGUCACAUUCAAAAGAUAUAAUGGCCAUGACAGACCAAAACCACGCGAAGGAAAGCCCGCCUUACCAGAACCAGAAGAAUACAUGUGCCUCAUGAGAGCUCAAUCAAAGUCAAAAAAGAUAUCCACAGUUGUUAAACAUGAAGAUGUACCAAAAAUGAUGGCUAUGUAUGCCCAAUUUAUGAAGAGUAAUAUGGAUGGCUUAAAGCGAGUAAAGAAAGUCAAGAGUAAAGCAAAAGCAGCCAAGGGCUAAAUACCUUUAGCCAUUGAACUCCCUAAUAGUUGGCAUUAAAUUUUAAAUUUAGCGCAUUUAUGGUAAUUCAUUUUUGUUUUCUACGGCACAUGAUAAACGGCAUUUGAUUAUAAAUAUGAAAAA